AAUACCUCGAGUCGCGCUUUGUGUCAAUGCCGAGUUCAGGUGCUGAUGGGCGGUGCCCUUCUCAUGAAUCUGAUCUAAACCAUCAGAUUGGGUCAGACGCGCCCGUCACCACGUUCAAAGCUUCUCUAACUGCAGCGACGCCUGACGACGACAGAGAUUGGUGUGUUUGCUGCUGAAGCCAGCUGUUCUUCGUGGUGGUGCUGCUUUCAUGGAGCUCCAGAUGUUACAGUGGGUGGUGGUGUUCAGCAGCUGGAGUGUGAUGAUCACGCUGUCGCUCCUGAACCCGCAGACACGGAUCAGCAUUGAUGCUGUUUUGAGCCGAGUGCUGUCCGGAGGACGCCACGAUCUCCAAACAGACUCCAGCGUCUGAACUCUUCGCUGAGUCUUCAUCAGAGCGUGACGAUGAUGCGGUCACGGGCUCUUCAUCGCUGUUUUACGCCCACAGUCUCUCACUCGCAGCUGAGCCCUCUACAUCGCCUCGCUGGGCGGCAGAUGGUGAACAGCUUUAUUACAGUUUUCGAGGGUUUUUUGCUGAUUCAUUGAAACAUGCCACUGACAUCAAGUUUCUUAGUUCCAACAUUAAAACUUUUCUGUCAACUUCAGGCUAUAAAUGACCUGUUUGUAGGAAAAGACCUGAAAAUCUGGCGAUGCUCUUAUGAAGAAAAACGGAGAAACUCUCAGCAAAGAGCGACUCGUCAGCUCAGCGACAGACGGCGACCUUUGGCCUCGAUGAUACGAUAUCAGACCACCAUAGUCUGCUUCAGGAAACUGAAGAUUCAUCAUCACUCCGUGUGGAGCGAGUUAACCCGAGCGGGUUUCACAGAGUGGUCGGUCUUUGGGUUCAAAUACACCCGUUCAUGUGAAUCCUGCGUGAUAAAGAUUACACUGCUGUGAAGUCCUGCCAGGUAUCAGCCAAUCAGAAGGUCUGAGGACAGCUGCGAGUGGAUCAACAGGAAGUUGAUCUUCGCAGUGAGGAAAAUUUAAACGGCUCCUUCGUGAACCGUGAAGGUCUUAGAUAUCACCGCUCUACUUCCUGUAAUGUGUCUCAGGUGUGUUUGAUCCUUGAACAUUCACUUCCUGCUCUAAUUCAGCCUGAUCCUGUUUCCCGGCAUCUCCAAGCACCUGAAGGCCGCAGCGUUUCCUGGGAUCAGACUCUGACCAGGAUCCGUCUCGGACCGCUGAAUGGAAUAAAGCAGCUGGAAGUGAUGCCAUCUUUACACUUUUAUACAAAGCUAAUCUGGUGUAACAGCGGCUUGCUGAGGACGCUCGGUGACAACCAUCUACCAGGUGACCGGUGAACACCUUCAGCAGCAUUUUAACCGCACGCUUCGAUCAGGCUCGCUUCAGAGACCGUUCCCUCGAAGUCUGCAGGUCGAGGACAAGGACGAGAUAUGUGGGAGCAGAGAAGAUGGCGGUGGCGAGGAUCCAGUACCGGGGCCGCUGGCCGAAGGAGCUGAACCUGAACCAGGGGGACCUGGUCCAGGUUCAGUUUAAGGAGGAUGAGGCGUGGUGGUUCGGGCGGCUGAAGAACGGGGAUGAGGGUUACUUCCCCGCCGCCUGUGUGGAGCUGCUGCAGGGUGGAGCGUCUUCCAUAGCCACGCCCACACUGCUGAGGAGAGGUUCAGUACCAGCAGUUGUAUUGACCGCAGGCGCCCCCUGUGGCUGCACGAGCGGUCGCAGCACCCCAAAGCUGCUCAGGAAGAACAGCAUCCGCCGCCCGCUCGGCCUCGAUGGGCCCUCAGUGGCGGCGGCAGGAACGGGAGGCUCCUCCGCGGCUCCUCAGGGGUCUCCGAGCCUCCUCCACCGAGUCCUGGCCAAAUCCAGGAGGAAGAGCUGCCCGCAUCUCACCCACAUCCACCAUCCUACCCCCGAUACCGGUUCCGUGAACACCGCCUUCCAGCCGGACUAGACCCCGAGUUCACUCCUCCUGUUCCUCCUCCUCUGCACGUGACCCAGGAGUCCCAGGGGUCAGGUCCAGGUCGCUGGGAGGCCCUCUUU